GGGAAUCGUAAUUCAAUCGCCAGAAACAACUUCAGAGAAAAAAAGAGAACAGAAUUAGUGUUAAUGGCGACGCAAAGAAAGGUAAGCUACAUUUUAAAAUUCCUACACUGAAGAUUAAGCUUUCAAAAUCCGCCGUUUUUUAUUUAGUCAACUAAUAUCAUGCAUUGUUAAACAAACGGGUGGUGAGAUGCAAUAACCUAUAGUCGCUGAAGCAGGACGAUCUAAACCAUUCCACAGAAAGGCUCUUGGAAGGAAGAGCUAGAGGUUGGGCCGGGCAGAAUCAAACUUUCGAGUUGAUGUUUUGGCCUAUUUCAAGCUAUUUCAUUUCUUCCUUGCGUGUCGAAUACCAUGAACAGGUUAAGAACGUUAACUAACUCGUUGCAAUUGUAUAACCUGACUUCAGAGGCGGUUCUUUGUGUUGCAGGUUAUAAAGUACACCAUUGCAGUUCUCUUAAUAACUGGCUUAUUGGUUGUGGAAAGCUCGCUUCAUAAAAACGCGCCCAAGGUAUCGCCACACAGUAAUUUUUAGUGAAUCAUUAUAACUACAUUAAAUGGAGUAAAAAAUUUUAGGUACAGGAUAACCCCUUUUGGGGGGUUACUUUAAACUGCGGUCCUCGAUAUUAACUCCAAAUCUGGAGUGAUUUUUACUCCUGAAAACGAGUUCUUUAAACUCCUCUUGGAUAGAAUAACUCUACGGUAAGGAGUUAAAUUAACCCCAUGCACUGGAGGAGUUAUUAUAACUCCUUGAAAAUUACGUAUACUGUGCAUAAUUCGUACUGUAUUUUUAAAAUUGAAUGCAAACACAAACUUCGCCUGCUGGACCCGAAUUGUUUUUGCUUGUCUCAGUGUUUGAUUGUUUUCAAUCUAUGCUUUUGUUUGAGCAAGUUCAUAGCUUACGUCAUCAAGUUUUAGCUUUUUUUACCCGGACGCAGGGUGUUGGCCCUGGCGUUGAAUGAGAGGCAAUCUAUUAUUUUUAAUAUUUCAAAAUAUAAAUGGAGAGUAGUUCAUUGUAGCACGUCGGCUAUCCGUGCAAUAACGAAUGUUGUAGCCUCACCGUAGACUACGAGUAGUCCCCAUUUUUCCUUAGGGAUAGUAGAGCGAGCGAAACGCGAGCGCGCGUGAAAGUCACCCGACGCGAGAAAGGCGAGAGGCGACGGUGAGAGAGAAAAAUGAAGGACGUCCCUCAUUUUUCUCUCUCCGCACCGCGUCUCGCCUUUCUCGCCUGUGGUGAUUUUCACGCGCUCGCGCUCGCGUUUCGCUCGCUCUACUAUCCCUGAGGAAAAAUGGGGACUACUAGUAGUCUAGCCGCACCGUCACUCUGGUUGUGACGAAAAAGAUGAUUUGAAGAACUUUGUAAAAUUCUUUUAUCGAACCAUUUCAGGGGGAAAGUGAAGCUAAACUCGAACAAAACGCCCGCCACUGGAUAGAUGCGCUCCUCGACAGAGUUGACCUCAAGCACUUAAAAGAUGAAGAAAACUUGCAGUUGAAGAGACGAACACAAGAAAUCCUUACAAAACGAAUUUAG